GAAAUUAUUUUACUACUUUAUAAAGCUUUCCCUCACCAAAAAUACAUCUUAUCCUCUCGAAAAUUAAGUGAAGGCGGUUUAGAGGGUGUACUUAUUUGAACGCGUAGACAAUACUGAAGUUAUUGUAUAAGUAUCAUUCAGUAUCAUGAAGUACUUGGAAUACACUCCUUUUGAUCGAAUAAAUGCUUUUCUAGAUGACCUCAAUCUUGGAGAACGUACUAUUAAGGGAUGCAUUGAAGCCUACUCCUGCAAGCAUACAGGGACAGAUAAGAGGUUGUCUCUUAGUUUGGAGAAUGAGAUUCUUGAUUUUCUUGGGAACUCUCCUGAUGACUCCACUUCACCGGUUGAAUAUUUUUCUACCAGAUCCAGCCGGAAGAUGUUGAUUUAUCUGAUUCUCACAUUAUAUCACAUGUACCCCGACUAUGAUUUCAGUGCAGUGAAGGCUCACCAGUUUUUCACAGAGGAAACUUGGGAAGGUUUUAAGCAAAUAUUUGACAGCUACAUGUCUGAUGCCUCUAAGGAAUGGAAUGAAGCAAAUGAAGACGGUUCCCUACUGGAGAUGUUAUACAAAGCCCUAGAUGAGGUUAUUAACCUAGCAGAAUGUGAAGUUUAUAGCUAUGACCCAAUUUCUGAUGCUGAUCCGUUCAUAGAAAAAGGAUCUCUAUGGUCAUUCAAUUUCUUCUUCUACAAUAGAAAACUGAAGCGUGUUGUGAGUUUCCGUUUCAGCUGUUUAAGCAAUUUGGUAGCUGAGAGGUUUACUGUGGAUGGGUACUAUGAAGAAUAUGAUGAAAUAUUUGACGAUAUGGACAUUUGAUGUGGAAAACAUUGUACAUACCAUGUUAAUAUUCGUCUAGGAUCUAAAUGUUGGUAAUGUACAAAAUCGUAGGCCUGACCAUUAUAGUAUGCAAGUGCUCACCUAGAUUUGGAUAAGAGACUUUAGUUAUGUUAUUCCCAGUAGUUUACUAGUAGUAGUUUUUAAAUAAGUCAGUGUGUUUAGAGAUGCUCCCUGAUUCUGUAUGUAGCGAAGUAGGAAUGCAUGAUUCUGUAUCUACAUUAACUUGCAAUUGGUUUAUGAGCCAUCGCAGAACUAAACUGCUCGAGUUCUGUUGAUGCUGUCUUUGAAUUAUUAUCAUGUAUUGAGUUGAUUGUAUUUGCUGUU